UGCGCGCCGCUCCAGCAUGGCGGCCUCCGGGGCGCCCCGGCCGGCUGCCCCAGCUGCGGCCGCCCGGCUGCUGGGCGUGCUAUGGCUCGUGUCCGCCGCCGCAGGCGAGGACGCGCUCAAGUGCGAGGACCUCAGAGUGGGACAAUAUCUUUGUAAAGAUCCAAAAAUAAAUGAUGCUACACAAGAGCCGGUGAACUGUACAAACUACACAGCUCAUGUUCCAUGUUUUCCAGCACCCAACAUAACUUGUAAGGAUUUUGGUGGCAAUGAAACACUUUUUACUGGACGUGAAGUUGGUUUUUUCAAGCCCAUAUCUUGCCGAAAUGUAAAUGGCUAUUCAUACAAGGUGGCAGUUGCACUGUCUCUCUUUCUUGGAUGGUUGGGAGCAGAUCGGUUUUACCUUGGAUACCCUGCUUUGGGUUUGUUGAAGUUUUGCACUGUGGGCUUUUGUGGAAUCGGGAGCCUAAUUGAUUUCAUUCUUAUUUCAAUGCAGAGACUUUAUACCUACAGAAAAGUAUACCCGUUUGAGUAAACAGUUCAAGAUUUUUUGCAUUUACACUGCAAAUAAAAUUUCAUGGUGAAAAAGAUCAGAAGUGACAUGAAAGAAGAAAUUAAAUUCCACUCCCUUCCUGCAAACCAUCGCCAGCCCUCUCCGUAGGAGAGUGUGGGAGAACAAAAGAGCCCGUGUCAGACCCUGGAGCCCGUGAAUGUCAGCUGACUUGGAAAAAGGGUCUUUGCAGAUGCGUUUAAGUUAAGGAUCUUAAUAUGAAAAGAUAAUCCUGGAUUAUCUGGGUGGGCCCUAAAUCCAAUGACAAGCGUCCUUAUAGGAGACAGAAGAGGAAAAGACAGACACCCAGAAGAGAAGGCAGUGAAGACAAAGGCGGAGGUUGGAGUGGUGUGGCCACGAGCGCCGGGAGCCACAGCUCGCUGAUUCACCAGAAGCCAGAGAGGCUUAGAGCGGAUUCUCCCCUAGUCUCUGUAGGGCCGCGGCUGUGCGGAUACCUGGAUUUUAGACUUCUGGCCUCUAGAACUGUGAGAGAGUAAAUUUCUAUUGUUUUAGUCCAGUAAAUUUGCGGUAAUUUGUUACAGUAGUCACGCAAAUAAUAGAGAGGGAUAUGAAGUUGCUUUCUUGUGGUUUUAGGGCUUCCCACACAAGGGACAUUGACAUCCAUUGUACGAAAUAUCUUCCCAUAGUGUAGUGGCCCUCCUGUUUCCCCUCGUGUAAGGUGAAGGCCUGCAGCAGCCUCUCGCUCGGUCAAUUGCAGUAAAGUGUAUGAGUGGUCUUGCUUCCCCCAGCAGACUUCGGAAAUGCCCCCCAGCUAGUUGAGCGGAAGGGCUUCAUGCUGCAGAUUGGGCCUCAGGCCAUGACUCAGCAGAGAAGUACACUCAUAGGGUUAGGUUUCAUACUCUGUUGUCAGUGAACAAAUGGACACAGGCAUAUUUAGCUGAGUAAAAAAUUUCCCAGUAUGGCUUAUUUUUUAAAAUUUGUAACUUUGUAAUUAAUAAUACAAUAAUAGACUCAUAAUAGAGGAAUUCAUAAUUGGCACGUGUUGUACAUAAGCAUAUAUAAGAUGCUCAAAAACAGGUUUAAUUUCUAAUUUUGGUGAAGGAAUAUGGAUUUGAAGAAUUGAAAUCUUUGCAGCUGAUAGUUUUCUUAAAAAUUAAGCAGGGAUAGCAAUUUCUUCUUUGAUGGGAUAGUUCAUGGAAAAGUAUGUUGACAAUACCUUGUAGAGGUGUUGCAUUUAAACGUCAUAGUCAGACAAGUCAGACAAGGUAUAGAACUUAAAAAGUACCGUAUCGGUCAGCUUGUUCCAGUCCUCAUUUUGUGGCUUGUCCAGAGAGGAUUAACCCUGCAGCGGCCUGCUGACAGCUUUCUCUUCAGUCCGGUGCUCUCCCGCACUGACUUGAUUUGGUUGCCUUUGGUGCAGCUCUUCAAGUUCUCUUCACAGAGAAUAGCAGCAGUGCUGUGCUUGGUGAUCUGGCAGUGUGUGUAGGAGGCGUUGAAGACAAGUGCGUUAUCAGGAGUUUUGGGCCCCAAGUAACAGAAACCUCAGUUUAAAUUGGCUGUAAUAAUAUAUCUGGAGAUAAGGUAGUUCUCAGAUUUGUUUAUUUAGAGCUAGAGAACAUAGGGAAGGACCCAAACCCGUCCUCUCUCCCUCCCCCCUUCCCUCCCCUCCCCCCUUGUUUCUCUUGCCAUCUUCAGUUCCUUUGGUUAGCAUCAUUUGCUUAUGUAGUUACUUUCAGAGGGAGAAAAAGACCUGUUUCCUCUCACGCACGUCUUCUUGCGGGCAGAAGGCCCCCAGUGAACUUGUCCCCCAGCGAUUGGUGAGAAUUCUGCGCCCCCCCAGGCUGCGCCUGUCUCUGGAAAGAGGCCUGGAGUACCAUGAUACGGCUGGUGCUGAGCAGCCGGCACUGCAUAGUUCAAGGGGGAAGAAGUGCUGCCAUCGAUGGCUAAAGUGGGUGCAAAAUGGGAUCAUGUAUUACCAGGUGGUAAGACUCAGCUUUGGGGCUACCUUGUCCACAGGACAGGGAAACAAAACAGAAACAACCCCUUAUCGUUUUUCUACAUGGCAGCUGCUAACUUGACAAGAUUGUGGAACGUCUGGGGCCUGAUCAGUUUUAGUUAAAUAGUUCCAUUUCCAUGAGAGUCAGGUGUGCCUCAGGUGGACUUAGUAGAAAAGCAUGCUGUUAAAGGGUCACUCAACCCUCUAUUUUCCUUGUUUCCAAUUUUUCAACAGGAAUAAGUGAGAUUGUCAAGGGAGAUGGCAUAGGAAGAAAAAGAUAAUAGGACAGAAGGCUGGUUCCAAUUUGUGCACAUAUUCCAAAUUAGGCAAUUUUUUCCAUAAGGUGUGGCCUAUUUCUGCUGGCCAGGCUUUACUUUUCUUUGUCUUCCUCCUAUAGUCUCAAAACAUGUUGUGACUUCUCGUCACCCGUUCUUUUUCUUGGCUUAAUACUCACAGCAUUCACUUUAAAAAGACACUAAUGAACCCUUCACUAACUGUUAUAAUUUUUACAUUGUUUCUUUUUCUCCUUGAAUUUUUAUUCUAUUCCUAUUCUCCCAUAGCAUUUUAUCCUAACGUAACAUAUUUUUAUGCUUGAAAUCUACUGAUCAUCUUAUUCAUUUACAUUAAAACAUUUUUAAAUUUUUUGUGAUUUCUGGAUUGAGCUGUCAUUAUAGUUAUUAAUGAUAUAUAAUUGAUCAAAACAGCAUAAAUGUUAGAAAUUUUAGCAAAUUAUUUUUAAUAAAAAAAAUGUAAAAUGUUACUGGAAAUGCAUCUUUUGAACAAGAUGUGGCAAACCCUACUUUUGGACUCUUGAUUAGAGGAGAUUUCCCGGAGUCCAGUAUUUUGAACGAUCGCUUUGUUUGGCACAGCAGAGGCCCUUGUCCUCACGGCAGCGUGCCAUCAUAGGACUCAGGGUGUGCUCUGAUGGGAGGUGUGUGUCAGGCCGAGAAGGACCGCAGUGAAGGGGGACUCGCGUGGUGCCUCCACCGUGGUAGUUAUCAGGCGGGUCAGCUUUACAGAGAGUGUUUGUGGGAGUUAAGGUCCCAGAGUUGAUUCUCUUAACACUGUCUGGGCUCACACACACCUUGGUAAAUCUUUGUGUACCCCUAAGGCUACCGUUUGAAGAUUGCUACCUUGAACGAUAGCUUGUGGAGGUCAUAUUAACCAGAUUGUCACAAAUGUGGUUAAGUGGACAAAAUGACUGAUGAGUGUGUGGGUUUUUUUCUGUCUCUCCUCCUUUUGCAUUCCGUGUGGUUCUAGUGGGACUGGCAGUCACAUUCGCUCGUCUUCUGGUUCGGCCGAUCAUAUUAAUCCUUUUCCCUUGGAUACAGUAAUUUGUCCAGCAAUAGGCGUGAAAACCAAGCAGAUGAGUCAGAGUCCUUCCUGGAUUGGUAUAUACACACUGAGCAGGGAGAGUUUACCUUCUUCCUGUCGGGAGCUGCUGCGCUUCCAGGAUGUGCGUCUGGAGCCGUUGGUGCCCGGCUGGGAGCGCCUCUGCUGAGCUCGGGCAGCAGAGCCAAGCAGAGAGGCAGGGAGGCCGCUGGGCGCCACGCGGGGCACGGACUGGCAACUCUUCUGAUCCUGGGACCCUCCCCAGUAUCCUUUUCAGCUGCGUGAGCCACUGAAUUAAUUUUUUUUUGCUUGAGUUAGUUUGUUAGUUGUGUUUUUGGUGCUACUGAAAUUAAUUUUAUUAACAACUAAGAAAAGUAAACUCAAAGUAUUGUGAAAAUAUCUUUUGUAAAAUGAGUAAUUUUGAAAAUUUUCUC